AUGGCAGAUUGGGGUCCUGUGGUGAUAGCAGUGGUUCUGUUUGUGGUAUUGACACCGGGGCUUUUGUUUCAGAUACCGGGAAAGGGAAGAGUGGUGGAGUUUGGGAACAUGCAGACCAGUGGCGCUUCUAUUGUGGUUCAUGCCAUCAUCUACUUUGGCCUCAUCACCAUCUUCCUCAUUGCCAUCGGUGUUCACAUCUAUGCUGGCUGA